UACAAAGUCACAACUCACAAGUUGGCUAGACUGAAACUGAAGAAUAACCGCAAUACGGCAGAAAAACGAUAAAUCUUGAAUAAAACCUCAACCUCAACCUCCUCGAAGCCUCCUCUCUUCUUCGACUGCAUCUGCGCACCAUCUUGACCUCUCUCUCUCUCUCUCUGUCUCCUCCAUUAACACACGUAUAAUGAGCCGUUACGAUUCUCGCUCUACUGACCCUACUUCCUACCGCGACCGUCGCAGUGAUUACGGGACUUCUACUGGCGGCGGAGGUCGAAGUGGAGCGCCCUCCUCGCCGCAACGGAAGCUGGAUUUGGAUGGAUUGGCGCCUUUUGAGAAGAAUUUCUACGUGGAGUCCCCGUCUGUCGCCGCCAUGAGCGAUAGCGAGGUCGAAGAGUAUCGCAAACUUAGGGAGAUUACUGUCGAGGGUCGUGAUGUUCCCAAGCCUAUCAAAAACUUCUCCGAUAUCGGUUUCCCAGAUUAUGUCAUGGAAGAGGUUAAGAAAGCUGGCUUUACUGAACCCACUGCUAUUCAAGCUCAAGGAUGGCCUAUGGCCCUAAAGGGUCGUGAUCUUAUUGGUCUUGCUGAAACAGGAUCAGGGAAAACACUUGCCUACUUGCUACCUGCUAUUGUACAUGUCAAUGCUCAGCCAAUUUUAUCUCCUGGUGAUGGUCCAAUUGUGUUAGUUCUCGCUCCAACUAGGGAACUUGCUGUACAAAUACAACAAGAAGCCACUAAGUUUGGCACUUCAUCAAGGAUUAAAAAUACCUGCAUUUAUGGCGGGGUUCCUAAGGGACCUCAAGUUCGUGAUCUCCAGAAAGGUGUCGAGAUAGUUAUUGCAACACCUGGAAGGUUGAUUGAUAUGUUGGAAUCUAACCAUACAAAUCUACGUAGAGUGACCUACCUUGUGUUGGAUGAGGCAGAUCGAAUGCUUGACAUGGGCUUUGAACCUCAGAUUCGCAAAAUUGUUACUCAGAUCCGACCAGACCGUCAAACACUAUACUGGAGUGCCACCUGGCCAAAGGAGGUUGAACAACUAGCCAGGAAGUUUCUACAUGAUGCAUACAAGGUAAUCAUUGGCUCUCUAGACUUAAAGGCUAAUCAUGCUAUUCGUCAGAUUGUGGAGAUCGUCUCUGAGAAUCAUAAGUAUAAGAAACUAGUGGAUCUCUUGGAGGACAUAAUGGAUGGAAGCCGGAUAUUGGUAUUUAUGGACACUAAGAAGGGCUGCGAUCAGAUUACACGACAGCUUCGCUUGGAUGGCUGGCCUGCUCUUUCGAUUCAUGGGGAUAAGAGCCAAGCAGAAAGGGAUUGGGUGCUGUCAGAGUUUAAAUCUGGCAAGAGUCCUAUAAUGACUGCUACAGAUGUUGCGGCUCGUGGUCUUGAUGUGAAAGACGUGAAAUAUGUGAUCAACUAUGAUUUCCCUGGUUCACUUGAAGACUAUGUUCACCGUAUUGGUAGGACAGGGAGGGCUGGGGCCAAAGGAACAGCAUACUCUUUUUUUACAGCAGCAAAUGCCCGAUUUGCGAAGGAACUUAUUGCCAUUCUAGAGGAAGCCGGACAGAAAGUCAAUCCUGAGCUUGCUGCUAUGGGCAAAGGAGCUCCACCUCCUUUAGCUGGUGGUAUCCCAGAACGAAGGAGCCGGUACAGUACUGGCCGGUCUUGGAGCUAAUAGAGAAAGGUUACACGAAGGGACAUGAUGUUUAUACUCCGCCACCUCAACUUACAUGUGUAGUUUCCUUUCGCAUUCACCUUCACUUUCUGUAACCUUGUGCUAGGAUGAGAGUCAUGAGACAAGGAAUGGUGCUUCAAAUGACAUUUGAAGGGUUAUGGAGUAUUCUGAUAGUUUCUUUUAAAUUAAUAUUGUGCGACAGUGGUUAAUAUUUGUCUGUAGAAGUAUUAGCGAUAGUUCUCAAAUUUUUAACGGAGAUGCUUGUAUUUGAAAAUCGAGAGUAGUUCUUGCUAUCUUAAAUUUUAGGUUAUUUAGCGACCAAACACCCUACUGAUUCAGUUAUCCUGUAAGCUAAAGUUGCUGAUGAUUAAUGUCAGUAAUAUGUGCUACUGGUUGCUGCA